GCCUUGUGGCAGCCUAGACCUUCACAUACUGGGGACAGAAACAACGAAGCACAUGGCUCACUGAGAGGCCGGGGGUAAAGGACAGAGGCCCGGGAGCCGCCGCGCCCGCGAGGGCACCGCCCGCCCACCCCUCCGCCGCCGCGGGACAAGGAUCGCCGGCCCGGCGGGCAUGGCGGCGUGGCGGGACCUGCUCCUCUCGCCGCUGGGCUCCGUGUGCCGCGGCGGCCGGGACUGGCGGGGCGGCGGCUGGAGGCUCCCGCCCCGCGAGCGCGCGGACCCGCAGUCCCCCAAAACUUGGAUCGAAGAGGUCUUCAGUAAAAGAGAAUGCACGCACAUCAUUCCCAGCUCAAAAGAUCCACACAGGUGUCCUGCAGGAUGCCAGGUGUGCCAGAAUUUAAUCAGAUGUUGCUGUGGACGACUGAUUGGAGAACACACAGGAAUACAGUACAGCUGGCCUGUUUAUCGAGCUGGUUCACAGAGGGAUGAUGGAGAAUGGUCUGUGCAAAACCACACAAAGAUGAGCCCAACAGAUGCGUUUGGUACAAUCAAUUUUCAAGAUGGAGACCACACUUACCAUGCCAAGUAUAUUAGACUCUCUUAUGAUAGCAGUUCAGAUCAGCUGUUGCACCUGAUGGUUAAAGAAUGGCAGAUGGACUUGCCAAAGCUCGUGAUCUCUGUUCAUGGAGGCAUUCAAAAUUUCAAGCUUCCCUCAAAGGUCAAGAAGGUUUUCAGCAGAGGUUUGGUGAAGGCUGCUGAGGUUACAGGAGCAUGGAUAAUUACAGAAGGCAUCAACAGUGGAGUGUCCAGGCAUGUUGGGGAUGCACUGAAAGGCCGUGCCUCACCACACCUGAGAAAGAUCUGUGCUAUUGGGAUUCCUCCAUGGGGUGUCAUUGAGAACCAGAGGGAUCUCAUUGGAAAAGAUGUAGUUUGCCUGUACCAGACUCUUGGUAACCCACUCAGCAAGCUGAGUACACUCAACAGCAUGCAUUCUUAUUUUCUAAUGGCAGAUGAUGGCACAGUAGGCAAGUAUGGUAGUGAGAUGAUGCUCAGGAGGAAUUUGGAGAAGUACAUAUCACUUCAAAAAAUACAUAUGAGAAUGAGCCAAGGUGUACCCAUAGUUGGGUUGGUGAUGGAAGGAGGCCCCAGUGUGAUCCUAAUGGUGUGGGAGUACGUGAGGGCCACCCCAGCUGUCCCUGUCGUGGUCUAUGAGGGCACUGGCAGAGCUGCAGAUAUCCUGGCAUUUACCCACAAACACACAGGCGAUACAGGGGACCUGUGCCCUCAAGUGAAGAAAGAGGUUUUAGUGAUGAUUCAAAACACAUUUAGUUUGCAACAGAAACAGUCCAGUCAUCUAUUUCACAUUUUGAUGGAAUGCAUGGAACACAGAGACUCCAUAACCAUAUUUGAUGCGGAGUCUGAAGAUGAGCAGGACAUUGAUUUGGCAAUUCUGACUGCACUCUUGAAAGGUACAAAUAUGUCUACUUCAGAUCAGCUAGGUUUGGCAUUGGCCUGGAACCAGCUAGAUAUUGCCAAGAAACAUGUACUCAUUUAUGGACAACACUGGAAGGUUGGUGCCUUGGAAAAGGCAAUGCUGGAUGCUUUAGUGAUGGACCGUGUGGAUUUUGUGAAGCUGUUAAUAGAGCAUGGAGUGAACAUGCACCAUUUUCUUACCAUAUCUCGUUUAGAAGAACUCUACAAUACGAAACAAGGACCAUCAAAUCUACUGUUAUAUCACCUAGUUCGAGAUGUGAAACAGAAUACCCUUCCUUUGGAUUACAAGAUAUCACUGAUUGAUAUUGGACUGGUAAUAGAGUACCUCCUUGGUGAAGCUUAUCGGAGCAGCUACACAAGGAAGCAUUUCCGAAUUCACUACAAUGAUCUCUACAGAAAACAUAAGAGUAAUAGGAUGAAUAGUGGAAUGGGAUCUACUGAAAGUACUUUGCAUUCUCAGUUCUUCAGAACAGCACAGCCUUACAAAUACAAGGAAAGAUCCAGUGCUUUCCAUAAGUAUAAGAAGAAAUUAAAAGAGGAUAUAAACUAUGCAGAGAAUUAUGAGUCAACUGGCUUUAUCUACCCCUAUAAUGACCUCCUGGUUUGGGCAGUAUUAAUGAAAAGACAGAAGAUGGCAAUGUUCUUCUGGAAGCAUGGAGAGGAAGCCAUGGUCAAGGCUGUUGUAGCUUGUAAACUCUACAGGGCAAUGGCACGUGAAGCUAAACAGAGCAACAUGGUGGAUGAUACUUCAGAAGAACUGAAGAAGUAUUCAAAGGAAUUUGGGCAGCUUGCCUUAGAUGUGCUGGACAAAGCAUUCAAACAAAAUGAGCAGAUGGCCAUGAAAUUGCUGACCUAUGAACUGAAAAACUGGAGCAACUCAACUUGUUUAAAACUAGCGGUUUCUGUAGGCCUGCGGCCUUUCAUAUCCCAUACAUGCACACAGAUGCUGCUGACUGAUAUGUGGAUGGGACGCUUGAAGAUGCGGAAGAACUCCUGGUUUAAGGUCAUUAUGAGUAUUCUCCUCCCUCCUGCCAUCUUGAUGCUAGAGUUUAAAAGCAAGGCAGAAAUGUCUCAUGUUCCUCAGUCUCAAGACUUCCACCAGUUCACGUGGUAUCAUGGGGAUCAGAGCCCAAUCAGCUCUAAAGAUACUUUGUCUCUGAAGGAUUACGAUGUGGAAAAACUUGCUCAGAAGACUGGUGAAAGCCAAGUAGAUGGUGGACAAGGAGACCUACCUGGCACUAGAAAAAUCUAUGAGUUCUACAAUGCACCAAUUGUCAAGUUCUGGUUUCACACGAUGUCAUACAUGGCAUUCCUCAUGCUCUUUACUUAUACUGUGUUGGUGAAGAUGGGACCAAGACCAAGUGUGCAAGAAUGGCUUGUUAUCAUUUAUAUUUUCACCACUGCUAUUGAAAAAGUCAGAGAGGUAUUUAUCUCAGAACCUGGAAAAUUCUGCCAAAAAGUGAAGGUGUGGAUUUAUGAAUACUGGAAUUUUACUGAUUCUAUAGCUAUCAUCCUGUUUAUGAUUGGUUUUGGUUUGCGCUGGUCCAACCCCCCUGUUCAAACUGCAGGGAGGCUACUUUACUGCUUGGAUAUUAUAUUUUGGUAUACUCGGCUCCUUGAUCUUUUUGCUGUGAACCAGCAUGCUGGCCCAUACCUGACAAUGAUUGGGAAAAUGACAGCAAACAUGUUCUAUAUUGUGAUUAUGAUGGCCAUAGUUCUGUUGAGUUUUGGAGUGUCACGAAAGGCAAUUCUUUCACCAGAGGAGCCUCCUUCUUGGACUCUGGCACGAGAUAUUGUAUUUCAGCCCUACUGGAUGAUGUUUGGUGAGGUCUAUGCUGGAGAAAUAGAUGUUUGUGAAAAUAAUGAAGACUGUCCUCCUGGCUCCUUCCUCACACCGUUCCUCCAAGCUGUCUACCUCUUUGUGCAAUACAUCAUCAUGGUCAACUUGCUUAUUGCUUUCUUUAAUAAUGUUUAUUUUGAUUUGAAAUCCAUAUCGAACAAGCUCUGGAAGUACAACCGGUACCGCUACAUUAUGACCUACCAUGAGAAACCAUGGCUGCCUCCACCAUUCAUCCUGCUGAGCCACAUCGGACUUCUUAUAAAUCGCAUCUUCCGCCAUCAGCCCCCAAAUGAGCUGGAUCAAGAGGAAGGCGAUGUUGGACUAAAGCUCUACCUGAGUGAUGAGGAGUUAAAGAAACUUCAUGACUUUGAGCAACAGUGUGUGGAAAAAUAUUUUCAUGAAAAGAAUGAAAGCCAGAAUUCCAGUGACAGUGAAAGGAUCCAUCUGACCACAGAAAGAGUGGAGGAGAUGUUUCUACAGCUUAAAGAGGUGCAUAAGAAGGUAUUUUUUAUCAAGGAGUCUUUACUCUCCCUGGACAGCCAGCUAGGACACUUGCAAGACUUAUCUGCCUUGACAGUGGACAUCCUGAAAGUCCUUUCUGCUGUAGACACCUUGCAGGUGGAAAAAGCCUUGCUGGCUGACACAAAACAUCAAACGUGUAGGAAGCUGCCACAUAGCUGGAGCAAUGCACUCUGUUCUGAGACCUUGAGCAGCCUGAAGUGUUUGUACGACAAGAAAUACCACUACUACAGCAUGCCACCCUCCCUCUUACGGAGCGUGGUAAGGAGUCCGGGUCCAUCAGAGUGCAAAGACCAUGUACGACGGUCUCAGAGUAACAAGGUAAUAGAAGACAGCUCUCGAAAAGUAGAGAUAGAAGGUAACACACCCACUUCAGGAGUAUCCUCUGAGACUAAGUCAACCCUUAGGUAUGGACAGUUUUUGCUGGUGCCCCCUGACCAUCAGGGAGGGUCUUUGUCUGAGGAUAUCACCUUAAAUUUCUCCUUUUUGAGCACUCCUGCCAAGUACAAGGAUGAAGUGGUCAGAGAUGACCUGCAAAGUAGCACUGUGAUGCAGCAAAAUUUGCCCAGUGUCAGCCUCAUUGGAAAAGAGACAGAAGAUCAUCAUUGGAGCCAGAAAGACUUUACUAUUCAUUUGCCAUCAGAAAAGACUAAUGCUGUUGAGUCUGAUCAUCCUUUGGGUCUCCAGCCACCGCUGGAUAUUGAAAAGAGUGCAGCAUCGCCCUGCGAUGAUGGGGAAGAAACUGAAGGUGGUUAUGUGAACUGGGGGUUCUCUGAAGGUGAUGAAAAAGGCGUUUUCAUCUCAGAUUCAGAGAAGAAAGCCAUGUACAUACAUUCCUCCUAUGACAGGGACAAUAAUUGCAAGAGUAGUCCUCUCAGGCAUGUCCAGUUAAUAGAAUCAAAGUCCUUCUCCUACAGCUCUGACUGGUCACAUCACAGCAGCAGCAGCAUCUCUCAGAACAUGGUGAAACAAAGCACCUCCUUCUGGAUCAGCCCACUCCAGAGGGACUGGAGUUUCUGCAGAAGCAAGAGCUUACAGUCCCCUAAGAAAGAGAGAUCAGGGAAAACCUGCAAGGCUAUAGGCGAGUCUUUACGAUCCAGUGAGCUACACCACAGUGAGGCAACAAAAUCAAAACAGCAAAACAGAGACAGAAAGCCUGGGAGAGGAAAGAGGAAUCAAAAACUCCUUCAGGUGCCGGUGAUUAGAGUGGAUGAUUGUCCCCAGAACACUCAAGUGAUCUCAGAGCCUGCAGAGAUCAAUGUCUGGGAUGAGCAAGAGAAACACAGCAAGAAUUGGCUCACCGUGUCUAAUUUCAGUCAGCUAAGUCUGGAACGUCUCAGUUUCACGCACCAGAAAAUGAAAAAUCAAGACAUCGGUAGGCAUACCAUACCAUUCUGUGAUUACCUGGGGCGUUCUCGAGAGGGUUUGAGUAAUAGAGUAUUUGGAAAUAUGAAGAAAAGUAAUCUGAACAGGAACUCCUCGUUGAGAGCUUCAGAGGAAACUGACAAUAUCUUCGCCUGCUUGAAAACAUCUCAAGAUUUGCAUCAUCACUACUCAGCUGUUGAAAGAAACAACUUAAUGAGACUUGCUCAGACUAUACCAUUUACACCAGUCCAGCUCUUUGCUGGAGAGGAAGUGACAGUCUAUCAGCUAGAAGAAAGUUCACCUAUGAACCUUGAUAAAAGCAUGUCUUCCUGGUCCCAGCGUGGUAUGGCUGCAAUGAUCCAAGUCUUGUCACGGGAGGAGAUGGAUGGGGGUCUGCGGAGGGCCAUGAAGGUCAUUUGUACUUGGUCUGAGAAUGAUGUAUUAAAGUUGGGACAAGUAUUUAUUGUGAAGUCUUUUCUGCCAGAGGUGGUUCAAACUUGGCAAAAGAUCUUUCAUGAUGGCACAGUGUUACAUCUCUGCCUGAGGGAGAUCCAACAGCAAAGGGCUGCCCAGAAGUUAAUCUAUACCUUCAACCAAGUGAAGCCUCAUAGUAUUCCCUAUACUCCAAGGUUCCUGGAAGUUUUCCUCAUCUACCGCCAUUCAGUGAACCAGUGGCUGACCAUCGAGAAGUACAUGACUGGUGAAUUUCGGAAAUACAACAACAACAAUGGAGAUGAGAUUACUCCCAGCAGCUUGCUGGAAGAGUUGAUGCUGGCCUUCUCUCACUGGACUUAUGUGUACACCUGUGGGGAGCUCCUUGUCCUGGAUUUGCAAGGUGUUGGGGAAAACCUUACAGAUCCAUCUGUGAUUAAACCCGAAGACAAAAAAUCUGGAAAAAUGGUAUUUGGACCAGCAAACCUAGGAGAAGGUGCAAUAAGAAACUUCAUUGCAAAGCAUCAUUGUAACUCUUGCUGCAGGAGGCUGAAACUUCCUGAUUUGAGAAGAAGUGCCUACACAUUGGAAAUGGACGGUCCAUCCUUUGAAACAGAAAUGGAAACAAGCACCAGAGGAGCUGACAAUGCAGAUGAAACUUUGGAGUAUGACACGCGACUAUGAAGCAGUGGCUCUGAGGAGAGCCCAUGUGUUUGCAUGCUUGAAAACCUGCCCAUUAUCACUGCCAAGGGGCAGUCCAAAAGCACAAAAUGCAGAUGUCUGAGUGGAGCAUCUAUCUGCCCUUGCUGGACACUAUAGGCAAGGAAUAAAAAAAUUAACUUUAUUUACUCCCCUUACAUGCUUUAUUGCUGGUCUUUCUUGUGCAGGUCAAUCAAUUGCAAGGAGCAGGUCACCCCCUAGGUAGAUGAACUGUCCCAUCAGUGCCUUUAGUUUUUAAAAGAGGAUUAUGGUUCCAAACUCUGCUUUCUUAGGAAAAUGACUUUGACAAGUUUAUUUCCAAGGGGGAGUAAUUUGUUGUUACUCUCUACUCUUCAGUAAAUAAACGAAUGCAUACACAUGUGCAAAUAAUUUAAUUUUAGAGUCAGAGCCCACUCAGCCCUAUGCUCACUGUUCCUUGGGCAUAGAAGGAAAUUCCAGGAAAUUCCAGAAAUAUUCCUCUUAAUUGUUGAUUUUGAUGCAGACACAAACCAGGAAUAUAUGAGUAAAUGAAUUAGUUAUUUAAACAAUAGUCACUGAUAAAACAGGUAGACUGAAAAGAUUUAUAGAAACUUCACCUUGAAUUCUUUUCACAUACCAAAAAAAAUGAACAAUGAAGGGGCAGAUUACUGGACCCUCAAGCAUCGUUGACAUUUCUCAUUCUGAGCUGAUGAAGUAGAUAAAUCUAUGAUCUUUAUACAAACGUAAAGAAUAAUCUUGAAUGUGAUUUGACUUUUAGGACUUGCCUUUCUUUAUAUUAUUUUAGCUUCUGAAUGUUUUAAAGUUGCAAUUGGAACAAAGAUUUUAGAAGUCACAAAAAAUGGUAUGUUCCAUUUGGUAUUUAAUUUGUCAAUGUCAGGUUUUACAUAGGACUGUUAUCUAACAGUGGUGCAGUUAUAUUUGGCAGCAUCUACAUCUGUUUCUAUUGAUGUCCUCUGAUUUUAAUUGAAGUUCAGAAAGCAGAAAAAUCAAUUAUGUGCAAUAUGUAGAAAAUUUGUGGAAAAAAGACUGAAAAGAAGUGCUCAGCAGAAAUUUUUCUAAUACAACUGGUGUUUUAUUACAGAUCAUAUGUAUCAUUAAAGCAUCUUUGUACUUUUUUAUUGAGUAGAAACACCUAAUGUUCAAAUGUCAGUCACUAGAAAACUUUAUGCUUGAAUAAGAAACAAAAUCAUAUUUCUACCACAGUUGACAGCAAAUUUUAAUAUGUAAAGGGGCUUUUUGUUAUGAUCUAUGAUUACUUUGAUGUAUUUAGUAAGUGUCUACAUAUACAUGGGAUUUGGAAAUUACAUAUUUCCAGUUUUUAUAUUGAUUAUGAUAUUAAUGAUGGCAUUGAACACUAUGUUUAGCUGAGAUGCCUGCAGUUUCUGAAAAUGUUCAGAAGAGAUUCCUAUUGCUUUUUUUCUUCUUUGUGAAAAUAGCUUUUUAUAAGAUAAUUUUAGUGGAACCCUCCACAUUUUCACCUAUUAGAUUAUACUUUUCAUUUUGCAAAAUAUAUAUUUUUCUUUAGCCUUUUUUUGGAAGCAAGUCAAUCUAUCAGAAGACUUAGCUUGUCUGUGAAAGAGAUAGUUUAAUUGCAUCUCUGUUAGACUUAUGGUGAAUUUUGGUCCCUUUGCUCAUAAGGUAGUAGCUCUGCUUCCCAUGGUUAUCACCUUAAAAUCUAACUUCAGGGAGAUAUGUUCUUACAUGCAUACAUAUAUACUUUAAAGACAGAACUUUCACUAAAGAGUCUCUAACUGUUAAUAUGCCUUUAAAUUCAGUUAAGUUAAAUGACACAUAAAUACGUCUUUAAAGUCAAGGAUGAUUUAACUCCUGCCCUGAUACUGUUACUUUCUUCAAACAUGACCUUAAAUUCUGAACACAUAUAUACUAGACACAAAAAAUAAACUCUCCACCAGACUGGGCAUGAGCACCUUUCUUUUCUUUUUAAGUUUUGAAGGUAUACACAAACCACACUUCGGAUGAUCUUUUCUUGGCAACUCUCCUGUUGCCUUUAACAGUGAGUGGCUUCUGCAUUCAUAGCAAUAUUUGUGAGAAUUCUUAUGACAUGUAGCUCAGUGUAGAUUACUUAUUCCUUCUUGUAAGAAUCUGUCAAGGUACAUAUUACCUUCCACUGAAAUAGGGGAUCCUUUCAAGGUAAUAAUCUGUGUUACAGUCUAGUUUAGGUAUACAGUAUUUAUACCUGUACAGUAUAGUACAGGUAUAAAUAUGAUUGCUUUAAUUUUGUUCAUUGUGAAGUAUUAAGGGGAUGAAACAAGAAAAGGAGGCAUUGCAAAGUCUUCCACUGUGUAUUUGUAUCCUAGUUUUUCCAUGCAUGGAGACAAUAAGUUGAAAAAGUCCAGUGAUUCUGCUAGUUAAUAAAUUAUGCUUCACCUUUCUUUUUGCAUUUUUUGGGAGGGCUGAUUCACAUUUCACUAAAGUGUAGAUUUGAGUAUUUGGUUAAAGACCACCCUCCCCUCCCAAUUGAUAGUUCAGUAAUAAAUUAUAAUGAAAAUAAUUUGAAAAAAAUAUUUUUAUUUCUUUUGAGUCCUUGGUGUCUUUCUUUCUACAAAUCCUGUACAUUCUUUAAAUUGUUUUUUUGUGUCCAAAUAGUGAGCUUGGAUUGGAGCCCAUGCCCACUGAACACAUGAAAAACUCCCAACAGCCUUUAAUGGGAAAAGCAACAAGCCCCACCCACACUAAAACUGUGGUAUAUGUGGAAGGAAAGUUAUGGAGGUCAGGGGUUUUUUUGCAGCUGCUUGACAACCAGUGAGGAAGAGGAAAACUUGUGUGUCAAACCAUAGGAUUUUCGAAUUAUUAGUUUCAAUGUUUGUUGAUGCUGAAUAGCACAUACAGAAAUUUAUUUUAUACUUCUGGUGGGUUCAGGAAAAAAAAAGACCUGUUUACUUAGUUCAGAUAAAUUAUGCAGUAAAGUUUUGAAAAAACAAAACAAAAUAAGUCAAAACCACUGGAGUAUUUAUAUGCUCACAUUUUAAUAUAAGCUUAAAAGAGCUUACUUGGGAAUUCACUUGGGAUUAUUCAAAGCAAAAUGUGUUUCUGGCAUCUGCUGCACUGGACAUGUAGCUUAAACACACGAAAAAUUUUCAGAAAUUGAGAACCUCAUACUCAGGAAGGCUUUUUUAAAAAUUGUGGUGUAUUUGAGGUUAUUCAUUUAUUGUUAGUGCAAUAAAGUCAAAAGGGAUAUUACAUCUGUAUUUUCUAGAAGUGGAUUUGUAUUUGUUGUGGUUUUGUCAAUCUGUUUCGUACUGUUUCAAAAGAAUAAAAGAACAUUUUCAAAAUGUUUCUGUUUCUUGAUAGGUAUAGAAUGAAAUAAUAUGUUUCUGAGCACUAGGGGAAACAGGUGAAAGUAACAUACAGAAAAUAAGUCAAUUAUUUUUAUUUUUAAUCUCAAGGAGCUGAUAUAAAAGAACAGCAUUCCAUGAACUUAAUUGUCAAAUCUGUUAUUUUACGUCAUCUACAUUUUACAUCUGUUUUACAUUGUUAGGAUGCUGAUGCCAGUCCCUUUUUGUUGAAAAAUUGUUCCCAGAGAUAAAUAAAAGCCUGUCUGGAGUGUCCUGGGCCUUCCCGUCAACUGUGGUCACAGUAGAGUUGUCAGCCCUGACCUUUUUGCUAGACCAUUUGCAAGAUCUGUUAUUGCUUUUCAGCUUUUCUUUAGUGUAUUUGUCAUACCUCAAACUAUUCUGGAAGAGAGUUUGAUAUCCUAGUUUGUGGUACAUAUUGCUGGGGAAGAAAAAUUUCAGACUAAAACCAAGCAAAAGUUAUUUUUCUCUUUGUUAUUGGAGUGUGUAAACAGCUGUAAUGCUCUGUUCAUUUACCUGCCUGGCAUUGGUUCUGUUUGUAGGGACAGAACAAAUAAACCAGUGUUUUAAAAUAACCUGGGUCCAUUUAGAUGCUGAUAUUCAGUUGUGAUAAAGCACUUAAGUUCAAGAAGAAAAAUCAGGGAAAAGUCUUGCAGAAAAGAAGUGACUUUACUGCCUAAAUAUCUAAGUUUUGAUUUGGCUCCCUGCCAAGUCCUGAAGACCCAGGACAAAACCUCCAGCAAAGAGUUAAAAGAGAAACAAACUAUUAAAAAAAAUCCAGACUAGCCGAACUAUAUUAAAAUAUAUAUGUAUUUGCAUAUAGUACAGUUAUAUACAGUUGAAAUACUAUAUACAAUCCUAAAAGGGAAUGGGAAAAAAAGGGACAAAAAAGGACAAAACCAAAACAGAUAUGCACAAUCAAAAACUCAGAAACUAGCGGAAUAAAGAACUAGCAAAAUGAAAUCUCAUCACUUCCCUUGAGAAAAAGCAGGACAGCCAGACCCGGCCCAGCACUCUCCACCUCACGUGUGGCAGACAACAGGAGUCACUGCAGGCCUCAGCUCCAGGUAUAAAUGGCAAGAAGAUUGGAUAGUCAGCGGUGGACUUUGCGGACCCAGCAUCUCUCUCUGCGCCAGAUGUACCAACAGAAGAAUGAACUGGGUUCCGCUGCCCCACCACUGAGAAGCUCGGGGGGAAAAAGGAGCAAUGGGAUGCCGCUGGAUCCACGAGUAGUGACUAUCUUUUGCUUGUGCUAUCUCUCUCCUUUUCCCUUUCUCUCUUUUUCUCUCUUUCUCUCUUUUUCUCUCUUUCUCUCUUUCUCUUUUUCUCUCUUUCUUCUUCUCCCUUUCUCUUUCCUCUACACACUUAAUGUUACAAAAUAAAGUCAGUAUUGUUGAACUGGCA